CAGUUUGAGCGCAGUGUUGAUGUUGUUGGUCAGCACAGUGAACAGACAUGGCGCUGUGUGGAGAAGAGCGGACCGCGGGGCUGGAUAUAACCGAAGAUGAGCGCGGAUAGAUCUGCCUGCCGUCCUCCUGCAGCUCCCCGCGCCCGGUGCUCUUUACUGCGGGUUCCCCUCUGCCGGUCUCCCGCCUUACAGACCAGCGGGGAGCGGCGGUCUGAGCCCCCGGGGCCGAGCCGUUCAAAUAUAAACAUCCGCCGAGCAGAUCCGCCUGAUCCCGCGCACCUCACCCCGCAGGCGGGUCAGCGCCUCAACUACAGCCGCUGCAGCCUGUAGAGCAGCUCCGACUGAUAACCAGCGCCUGAACUACAGCCUGUAAAACAGCAUUUACCGCUUAAACUGAGGAAUUACUCACCUUACAGAGCAGCUGGAGCGAGGAGGAGAGCACUGACCAUGUGAACUUUAAGAUAAACUGCGAGAAAUAGCUGGAAAAAAGGGGCAGAAUUCAGUUUAAUAUAACUGUUAACGUUAACCAACUAGUUAUUUAGCUUAGCUAAGCUAACCAGCUAUCUAACUGAACUGAGCUAAGCUAAGCUAACUACCAUAAUAUCUGCCCAUGUUUGUUUUAGGCAGGGUGUAGGUUGUGGUUUCUUACUAAUUCCUAAACAUAAACCUAAAUUGACAAUACAAUAUAUCAUAAUAAAUCAUCAAUAAGAAGAUAUCCAGCUAACUAACUAACAUUAACUAGUAAGCUAAGCUAGCUAUCUAUCUAACUGACUGAGCAGGUUGUAGGCUAACUGAGCUAAGCUAAGCUAACAAACUACCUUAUUAUCUGACCAUGUUAGCAGGCUAUGGUUGCUUCCAUAAUUGUGAUAUAAUCUAGGUUAACUAACUGGUUCCCUCCUAAAGUUAUCUAGCUAAACCUAAACCUGUACUGACAGUGAAAGCCAUCUAGGUCAAUAAGUCAUCAAUAAGGAGAUCUCCAGAUAGCUAACUAGCUACUUAACCUAGCUAAGCUAAGCUAAUUAACUAACUUGAAAUCUGACCAUCUGGUUGCUUCCAUAGUUUUGUUUUAAAUCUAGGAUAACUAACUAAUUCCUAAAUAUAAGCCUGAACUGACUGUAAAAGCCAUCAAUAAGUCAUCAAUAAGGGGAUAUAUCCAGCUAACUAUUUAAACUAACUAGUUAGUUAAGCUAGUGAACUAGCUAUCUAAUUGAGCUAAGCUAAGCUAACUUACUAACUACUUUAUUAUCUGGCCAUGUUUGGUUUUGUAUUAUAAUCUAGGUCAACUAACUGAUUCCCACCUAAAGUUAUCUAACCUAAACAUAAACCUACACCUAAACUGACAGUUAAAGCCAUCAAUAUUAAAAAGUCACCAUAAUUGUGUUCUAAUCUAGGUUAACUGACUAAUUAACUGAUUCUUAGCUAAAGCUAUCUAGCUAAACAUAAACCUAAAUCUACACCUAAUCUGACAGUUAAAGCCAUCAAUAUCAAUAAGUCUUUAAAAAGGAGAUCUCCAGCUAAGUAAUAUGGGUCUGCUGCACUUCAUCUUCAGCUCGCUUGGACAGUGCAUUGACCUCAUCUUCCUCCUCUUGGACCUGAAUUUUGUGCUCGUCAACUCCGUCAUCCGGCUCCUGGUGGCUGUAGUCACCUUCAUCAGCAGCCUACCCAUGCUCCUCACGAACUCACUAGUAGAGUGCAUGAACCUCACGCUCGUCUGCCUCAUCACGAUGGUGGACGGUGUGACCGUGUUGACCCACAACAUGAUUGGGAGCUGGAUGCAGCUGCUCGGUGGGGCACUGGAAAGCUGCAAGAUGGUGGGGUACCUGUCGUCGCAUCUGCUGCUGCGCACCAAGGAGCUCCUGCACCGCGGCCUUCUGUCGGGGCACAGUUUACUGCGACAGGCCUGCGAGGGCUGCGGCAUCGUGUUCAGCCUGUUGCUGUACUUCAUCAACACCAUCGUCAACCUCCUGCUUAUAGGAACGCAGAACCUGUACGGGCUGAUGGCUAGCAUGGUGGAGGCCGUGUCCAGCCCUUUGCAGAAAGCUCUCGAGCUGACGCUGACUGUGCUGACGUUCUUUUAUAGCACAAUAGUUGGGGCUUCGAUCCUUUUGUGGACACCAUGCAGACUGGCCUUGCAGUUCCUAGGCUCGCUUGGACACAUCUUCGUCAGCGUCUUCUUGCUCAACUUCUACGGACUCCUGCUAAUGCUGCUCAUCAUUGCGGUUACGACCGUUUACAUGAGUCCUGAGCUUUUUCAGCGAGUGGUCCAGAGGGUAAUCCACUAUGUCAACACGGUUCCCACCCUUCAGAGACUUCAGAGGACCUUUCAACGCUUCUAUCUUCUUGAGAGGAAUCUCUGGCAGAGGUUGGCAUGGCCCCGUAGUCGUCUCGGACGCUGGACUUUAGCUGAAAGGAGGCAAGACGAUGAAGAUGUGGGGCAAGGAGAUGAGAACAUUCUGCAAGACGAUGCCAACCCUGAAGCUCCUCAAAAUGCCAUCAUAAUAGAUGGUCAGGAUGAAGCAGACGAUGCUGAUGAUCCUUUACACCAAGGCCAGGUCUUACCCCAAGGGCCCGACCCUCCGCUUCCCAGCUCCAGCACUCACAGACCCCUGCAGAAGAUGCCUUCAGAGGAAGGUCCUAAAGGAAGCUCGGCUGAUAAUCUCUUAACUCUACUCCAGGAGCAGGAGGAGAGGAAGAAGUGCGUGAUCUGCCAGGACAGCACAAAGACCGUGGUGCUGCUGCCGUGCCGGCACCUGUGCUUGUGUCGGGACUGCACCAACAUCUUGCUGCGCCAACCCAUCUACCAGCACAACUGCCCGCUGUGCCGCCAUAUGAUCCUGCAGACCAUGGAUGUGUAUCUCUAAAAGACUCUACGAUGAAACAGAAAAGAAAAGAACUUCUGCAGAGACUUGUUGAUUGUUUGUUUGUUUGUUUAAUCGAUGGAUUGAUUGAUUGAUUAAUUCUGCGAAUCUCAGGUUUACAAACAAAGACAUUGCUAAUCACAAUGAUCCGUGCCACCUUUCAGCCAAUUACUUAAUUACACUGCAAAGGUCGCGGAUCUCCUGUAAGUCUUUCGUCCAUUCCACUGUGCUGAAUCUUUUUGCUACUGUCACGUGUAAAUACACAUAGCCAUAAUGCCCUUUUUUACACUUGAGAGCUGUUUAAAGCUUAAGUCGAGGCUUGCUACUAUGACAGUAUCUUUCGUACUUUGUUUGUUCUUUUUGUAUAAUAGUUUAGCUUUUGUAUGGACGUACUACACUAAAUCUUUUAUACCGCUGUGGUGAUGUGAAUGUAAGCUUUACAUGGAGUAAAAUAGUAAAAUAACUGCAGAGACGGAUACGCCACCUUUCAGAAAAGUUCAGAAUCAACAUUCGUAGCUCUCUGGGCAUAAAUUAAUAAAAGUUAUGCUUUUACCUCAUGGAUUAAAAUGUUAUAUUAAAAAAAAAGCAUCGCUUUUUCACUUUAGACAUAAAGUCACAUACAAUACACAAUAUUUAAAGGCAAAGAUAUAAUGAUUAAAAUGAUUAACUGUACAAUUGAGGGAAGGGGUGUGAAAAUGUGAAAGUACACGGAGCUUUAAGGAGUCUUGAAAUCCUAAAAGUAAAAAUGUUUAACCAAAUUUGAUCGCAGAGCAUCAUGGCUUUUUUUUAGUUAAUGCAUACUCUAAUAUUACAGCUACUACUACUGCUUUUACUACGAAUGAGACUAGAAGGCUGUGAAACAUUAUUAUUUAUUUAGAUGGAGUAAAAAUAACUGCAUAGAUAGAUACGCCACCUUUCAAAAGUUCAGAAUCGACUUUUACACUUUACGAAUUAAAUUAUUACAAAAAGCAUAGCUUUGUCACUUUACGUUGACAAUGUAGUAUUGUGUGUUGGUGUGGUGCAGUGGAUAACACCACUGCCUGCCAGUAAGCUACCAUGUGGGAGACUGGGGUUUAAUUCCAGGUCUGGGUGACUGAAUGCUGCGCUACACCAAUAACACCAAGUCCAUGGGCUAGACUCCUAACACUGGAUUAGCCCUUUCUCUGUAAUCGUAAUAACCUUUUUUUUUUUAAGUCACUCUGGAUAAGAAUGUCAGAUAAAUGCCAUAAAUAUAAAAUGCAAAUAUAUGUCUGAAGUGAUAAAACUAUGUUUUUUUUCCCCAAUAUUUUAGUCCAUGCUAAAAUUAUAGAAUGGUUAACUGUAUAGCUGAAAUUUAGGACAAAAUUUAAAUGCAGAGCUUUAUGGCUUUUCAGUUAAUACAUACUCUACUACUAAUACUACUUUUACUACUAAUGUGACUAGGCCUUUUAGGACAUUUACCCGUGAUGUUCUUCACUUUUCUCAGACAUUUCAGAAUCAUCUACUUCCCUUAUUAUAGUUCUAAGCACAUCUAACACUUCUUAAGUCUUAGGUUCGUUUACAGAUUUUCAGUUUCAAUCCAGAAACGCCCUGGUUCCCUCUAAAUAAGCACAGAACUAACAUAAUGUCAUGCAAACAAUUUAAACAUAUAGAAUAUAUAAUAUAUGCAACCAAAUGGUGUUUGCACUGAUCAGCCUUAACAUUAAACCAUCUUUCUAACAUUGUGAAGGAAAGACUAUACUGACACCAGCUCUGAACCAUCAAGGCCUGGUCUUUACAAGCCAUAGCCAUCAUAAUUAACCUUUUUAAUAGCUUGUAUUAUUAUUAUUAUUAUUAUUAUUAUAGUAGCUCUUCUUUGUGAUUGUAAAAAAAAUGCUAGAUUUUGCUCUCUCCAUUUGUGCAUCACUUGUUUCAGUUAUAGAUAUCAAUAAUUAAGUUUUAUUAGUAGAUGAUUAUACUUCCUAGUAAAAACAUGAUAUAUAAAUUAAAUUCUGACUAGUACAAAUACCUGGGUACCUAGAAAUUGGGUUAGGAUCUGUGCCUCUGUCAUUUUACGCUAAAGGAUUUUCCAUAAUAAUCUGAAUAUAUUCAUAUACAACUCUGGAAAAAAAAAAUAAGAGAGCACUUAAAAAUGAUGAGUUUCUUUCAAUUUAGCCAAUUAAAAACCUCUGGAAUAUAAUCAAGAGGAAGAUGGAUGAUCACAAACCAUCAAACCACCAAACUGAACUGCUUGAAUUUUUGCACCAGGAGUAAAGCAGCAUAAAGUUAUCCAAAAGCAGUGUGUAAGACUGGUGGAGGAGAACAUGAUGCUAAGAUGCAUGAAAAAAACUCUUAAAACUUUAUGAAUAUGAACUUGUUUUCUUUGCAUUAUUUGAGGUCUGAAAGCUUUUAUUUUUAGCCAUUUCUCAUUUUCUGUAAAUAAAUGCUCUAAAUGAGAAUAUUUUUAUUUGUAAUUUGGGAGAAAUGUUGUCUGUAGUUUAUAGAAUAAAACAACAAUGUUCAUUUUACUCAAACAUAAACCUAUAAAUAGCAAAAUCAGAGAAACUGAUUCAGAAAUGGCUCCUGUCAGAGAUGCUAUAAACAGUUGAUUAUUAGCUUUUCUGAAUGGUGGCGUAUCUUUUCAUUGCAUCUGUUCAUUGCAAUCCAAAAUGUAGAAUGCACUAUAUUAUAAUACGGUGUCCUAGCAGUGAGCCGUGAUUGGGCACAUACUGUACUCUGUGUGUGAUGCAAUACUCUAGCCUUACAAUGUGAGCGAUAAAUACAGCCCAACAGAUUCCUGGGAACAUUUUGUUGUAUUGUUUUUUGGAUUUUAUGGAUUUCGGCUUAGCGUCUGACUUCUUUUUAGUUUUUUUUUUUUUGUUUGUUUUUUAUUUGCUUUGCUGGCCUUAAUUCUUUCCAUCUUUUAAUGCACAUGUGGUCCUAUUUCUUCUAUUAAGCAUUUUAGCGUCUCAUGUUGAAAAGCUAUUUUCAUAUUGUUGAUCUGCUUUAGACCCAGCAGUGAUGUUUCUGAUUUUGUGCCCACACGUAAAUGGUAUUAUUGAUCGACGCUCCUUGAAAUCCAAACAUUAGGCCUGAGUUCUACACUUUUUAUGAGCUGAUGUCUCCUGAUUCAAUUUUGAGUAAUGGGAAAUAGGAAUCCAAAGCCCAGAUGGCACCAUGGGAAGCCUUUUACCAGGCACUCAGGAUGUUUAAAUGAUCUUUUUUCUGUGCUGUGUACAUUUUUUUAAUUUAUUUUGUUUUUUUUUGUCAGCCAACACUAAAAAUUAAAACACUGUUAGUUUAAAAUUAAUAAUAGGUAUAAUAAUUUGAUCUAAUAAUUGUACAUUGAGUGACUUAACAUGCACUUCAUAAUUCAAUUAUGAAUAUGAUAAGAGAGAGAAUAAGAGAGUAUUUAAAAAUUAUGAGUUUCUUUGAUUUUAUCAAAUUAUAAACCUCUGGAAUAUAAUCAAGAGGAAGAUGGAUGAUCACAAACCAUCAAACCACCAAACUGAACUGCUUGAAUUUUUACACCAGGAGUAAAGCAGCAUAAAGUUAUCCAAAAGCAGUGUGUAAGACUGGUGGAGGAGAACAUGAUGCCAAGAUGCAUGAAAACUGUGAUUAAAAACCAACCAGGAUUAUUCCACCAAAUAUUGAUUAUUUCUGAACUCUUAAAACUUUAUGAAUAUGAACUUGUUUUCUUUGCAUUAUUUGAGGUCUGAAAGUUCUGCAUCUUUUUUUGUUAUUUCAGUCAUUUCUCAUUUUCUGUAAAUAAAUGCUCUAAAUGAGAAUAUUUUUAUUUGUAAUUUGGGAGAAAUGUUGUCUGUAGUUUAUAGAAUAAAACAACAAUGUUCAUUUUACUCAAACAUAAACCUAUAAAUAGCAAAAUCAGAGAAACUGAUUCAGAAACUGAAGUGCUCUCUUCAUUUUUUCCGCAAUAAUUGAAUAAUGAAGUGCAUGUAAACACACUCAGUGAUGAUUAACUCUCCCUCUCAUUAAAAUCCUUCAUAAUAUACAUUAGCAUUUACAAUUACAAAAACAUUUAAAAUAAAAAAAUAAAUGCUUUUGCAAACCAGUGCCAAAAUGAAUACUGAAUGAAACCAAUGAAGCACAGAAUCCUGGUCUGUAUGUGAGCAGUGCAGUUUACAUUCGCUUCAGCUGAUGAUGAUUUUAUACUAAAGAAUAAUUGCUUAUUCACUGCAUUAUGUUGUAGUGUUUUUGGAUGGUUAGAAUAUUUUGCCAAAUGCUGCUGACUGCCAGAUCUGUGGUCUGUCUUUAGCUAAUAUGGUAUAUUUGAGUGUUUUAAUACAAGAUGAUUUCCUCCCAGUUAUUAUUUUAUUUUAAUUUUGGUAUAUGUGAUAUGUGUGCUUCUUGUCUGAAGAUCAUAUAGAUGGAUGCUGAUUUUUAUUUUUGGUGGUUGUUGUGAUUAAUUGUCUGUAUAUUUACAGGCCAGCACUGAAAACUGAAAAAGUUUAACCAUUCUUUAGAAAGAAUCUUAAUAAAAUGAUAAAUGUGGCUGCCUGAAUCAUGUAA